AUGUCCGCACAACCAACCCCAAUCCCCUAUUUAUUACACCUGAUGCUGCACAAACCGCCGAACUUAUAUGCCUACCUCGAGGAGACCCUCAAGCUAAAAUGCUCGGUCCACAACACCGAUGAUAGCUUGAUACCUUAUCUCCAACCUCAACUGGAGGUGCUGGAAUUUAAAGGGGGUCCGAUCUCAGAUGUGACCCUUGAGAGGCUACAGUACUGUUGCCCGGAACUCAAAGUGCUACUUAUUGAGAACCCUCAUCUCAACCUUUGUACACCGGAAGGACUCCUUCGCUACCUCGCUGCCGCGACAUCUUUGAAGCGUCUAACGCUACGAUGUGGCAUGGAGAGUGUCGUUGGCGACCGCGUUUUUAUUACCCUUGCUAAGGCGUCCGUUCUCAGGUCUCUCGACUUCCGGUUCCCGAUCACUACAAAGCUCAUCGAAGAAGCCGUUGCUGAAAGGAGGCGGUUCACUACUUGGAAUAGCCAGUUAUUUGGGGAACUUAGAGAACUUGUUUGCGAAGCAGAUUAUCAGGCGAUCACGAGACUGCUCCCUCAUCUACACAAACUUGUCCAUCUCAAUGUUAGCGUCAAGGGCGGUACUAAUCUCGCAACGAGGGCGCGAGACUUGUUUCCGGAACUUUGCCGACUUACACUCCAACUGCGCAUCCUCAUAAUAGCGUACCUGCCCAGAUACCCCAUUCGGAUCGACCCGAUAAUGAUGCGGAAAUUUGUAGAGAAAAGGUGCUGGGGGUUGGAAAAGCUAGAGGUCUACGGACGAGCGGUCACGGGGAAAGGAUUUCUCGAACCCGUAGUUGAUAUAUUACAACAUUCGGGUUCAUUAAAGACUCUGCGGCUAUCGAUGGAUUGCGAUAUCACGGAGGUCGCGCUGGUGGCCGCUGCCACUUACGGGGGUAAGAGAUUACACGAGCUUGAUAUCGGCGGAGUCUACAAUUUUGCAAGACUAGAGAGCCUUUUCAUGGCAAAGAAAUUCCAAUUUGGCCCCCAGUUCAGACUUCUCGGCAUUGGAAAGCUGAUGACGCCGCGUCAUGAAAGUCUCGAGGAAUUGAGACGAAAGGUAGCCGAAUACGCCCACUUCGUGACUGAAUUUGCUCCUGCACUAGAAGAUUUCAACAUCUUAUUUUCGAAGAAGGGGGGCUUUGGCGAUCACUUAGAGAUAUAUUUGAAAGAACACCUUGAGGACCCGGAGUAUGAAGAAGUUAGCGAUUUAGUAGGACCUGUCAUCAAAAUAGGAGAGAAAACUCCAUCAUUAUAA